CACACGCAAAGCUUGGUGCACCUGUUACCUGUUAACCAAUGCAUUUUUUGUUCUCUAUAAGUCUGUAAAAGAAGUCAAGCCAGCCAGUUGGAUUUGUGAAGGAGAAUAACCAGGAUAAUGGCCUCCCCCAUCAGUCUCCUGUCUGAGAGGCACUUUUUGUGUACUUUGUGCCGAAAAAUCUUUACCAACCCAGUGACCAUACCAUGUGGACACAGUUUCUGCCUGUCCUGCCUGAGUCACUUCUGGUCCAAACAUAUGUCUCGAUACUGCCCCCACUGUAAGCGACUGUUCACAGAGCGCCCCAAUCUCAGCAUCAACCACGUUUUAGCAGAUGUGUCGGAAAAAUACAGUAAGAUCAGGCCUCCAAAAGAACCUGAGGAAAACACAGUGGUGUUUGACGUGGAGCAAAUGGUUCAAGAAAGGCUGCAGAAGAUAGAAAGGUUGAAGAACUGUCUGGAGCAACAAAAGAAUUCAUACCUCAGAGAAGUCCGUGAGAGCCAGAAGACCUUCUCAGCCCUGGUGAGUGCCAUGGAGAAGAGCCACAAAGCCGUGGUCACAGCCAUUGAGGAGCGGCAACGGGAGGAGGAGAAGAGAGUGGCCAAACUCAUAAAGGAACUAGAACAGGAGAUUCAGGAGCUGACCAAAGACAUCUCUGAAACUGAGCCAACAACUUUUGCCAAUGAGGAGCCAAGUGAUGAGACAGAGCAAGGUUCAGUGCCCCCAUGUCCACCAGAAAUGAAGGACUGGUCCCGGGUGACUGUGGAACCUGAUCCUUGUAUUGGGGUGACCAGACGAGCUUUGUGGGAAAUGGUGGAAAAAAUAAAGGCAGAAGUCAAUAGGCUGUCUAAAUCUGAGUUAAAAAGGAUUGAGAAAUAUACAGUGGACAUCUAUCUCAGCGCCAAAACAGCGCACCCAGCACUCUCUGUGUCUGAGGACAGGAAGCAGGUCAGACACACAGACAAGCUUCAGGAGGUGUCAGAAAACCCCAAACGCUUCGACCGCGUGGCUAACAUACUGGCCAAGGAGAGCUUUGGCAAUGGAAGGUACUACUGGGAGGUGGAGGUCGGUGAGAAGAUUGAGUGGAACCUAGGAGUUGUGAGACAAUCCAUAAACAGAAAGGGCAAGUUCACAGUCUGCCCUUCCAAUGGCUUCUGGACUUUGAGCCUUAAAGCCAGUGGUCAGUAUCUUGCCAACAGCUCCCCAGUCACCCACCUGGCCCUGGAUUAUAGGCCCAAAAGGGUGGGGGUGUUCCUGGACUACUCAGAGGGUCAGGUGUCCUUCUACUGCGCUGAAUCUGGAGCCCACAUUUACACCUUCAAUGACAAGUUCACAGACCGACUACAUCCUUUUUUCAGUCCAGGGCGCCUGCAUGGGGGCAAAAAUGCUGUUCCCCUCAUCCUUUCUUCUAGCUUUUGCAGUAUCUAA